CUCUUUUCUUAACCCUCAUCUUCCUGCCUGCGCCCCUGCUCCUCGCAGGCCUGCUCCGCUCCUUCAUCGUCGUUGCCUAGCUCUCUUUCCCCGGCAGCGCGCAACUAUGCGGUACUCUUCCCUCCUGCCCCUCGCGGUCGCGGCUGGCGCGUCUGCGUCGCCGUCUGUUCACUCCUUCCAGUCCCGUGCCAACAUCGUCUCCGACGACAGCAAGCUCGCUGACUCGUACGACUUCGUCAUCGCCGGGGGAGGUCUUGCAGGCCUCGUUCUCGCUUCUCGCCUCUCUGAGGACUCAAACACCACGGUGCUCGUUUUGGAGGCCGGGGCUACUGGCGAUGAUGUGGCAGAUCAGAUCAACAAGCCCGCAAACGCGUACUACGACUCCCUCACCGGCUCGAGCUAUGACUGGGCAUACAACACCGCGAAGCAGGGUUAUGCGAACGACCGGGCCAUGUCCUGGCCGCGCGGCAAGGUGCUGGGCGGCAGCAGCGCUAUCAAUGGCAUGUACAUGGUCCGGCCCAACAAAGCCGAGCUCGAUGCGUGGUCAGGGUUGCUCGACGGCGACAGCGACGCGGGCAACUGGAACUGGGAUAGCCUGUACGCGGCGAUGAAGAAGUCGGAGACGUUCAAUGCUCCUUCUUCGGACGUGCAGAAGCAGGCGAACAUCCAGUAUGACGAUUCGGUUCACGGCUCGGACGGCCCUGUGCACUCGAGCUACCCGGGCAUUACUUUCGACUUGGUCGGCGAUUGGACGGACACCUUCAACGCGGUCGGUGUCCCGACUGUGGAGGACUCUGGCGCUGGUUCCAACUCGGGUGUCUUCGUCGCGCCUUCUGCGAUCAACCCGAGCAACUGGACGCGCUCGUACUCGCGCUCCGGGUACAUCGACCCGCUUCCCCCACGCGACAACCUUGCGAUCCUUGCCAACGCGAUGGCCACGGAGAUCGUCUGGAAGGAUCAGAACGACGGCAACAACAAGGUUGCGUCCGGUGUGAAGUUUGCGGCGUAUGCCGGUGCGGAGAGCAAGACGGUCAAUGUCAACCGCGAGGUCAUUCUCGCCGGUGGCGCUGUCGGCAGCCCGCAAUUGUUGAUGCUCAGCGGUGUCGGCCCGAAGGACACCCUGCAGAACGUAGGCAUCGACGUUCAAAUCGAGCUUCCUGGUGUUGGGCAGAACCUCCAGGACCACAUUUCGUCGUCCGUCACCUACUCAAGCAAUGCGGACACCAUGGGCAACCUGUACAAGAGCGGCGGCACGAGUGAUAUCGAUCUGUCCUUCAUCAACUCUGCCACCGCCUACAUCAACUUGACGGCGCUGAUGGGCGCGGAUGCUGCCGAUGCUUUGAAGUCCUCCGCUUCCAGCGGCCUUGACAACUACCUCAACAGCGUGCCCAGCAGCUCCGACCAGGUCAAGGCGGGCUACAAAGCCAUUGCCUCGGUCGUCACCGACCAGUUCUACGGCAGCGACGUUGGCCAGGUCGAGGUGCUUCUGAGUAUCACCGGCGAGAACAGCGUCACCAUCCAGGUCGCGCAGCAGCACCCUCUCUCUGUCGGGCGCCUGUACAUCACCUCGCAGUCCGCCUUCGAUGCGCCGACCAUCGAUCCGGGCUACCUCUCCAACUCGGCUGACCUUGAGAUCAUGCGCGCGGGCAUCAAGUACGUGCGCGAGAUCGCGACCACGCAGCCGUUGGCGGGCCAGCUUGGUGAUGAGGCGUGGCCGGGCAAGGACGUGACGUCCGACGACGACAUCGACAACUACGUCCGCAACUCGAUCGGCACGGAGUACCACCCCACGGGUUCCUGCGCGAUGCUGCCCCAGGACAAGGGCGGUGUCGUUGAUGCGAAGUUGAAGGUCUACGGAACUUCUAACGUCCGUGUGGCCGACUCCUCCGUCUACCCCAUCGAGUUCUCGUGCCAUUUGGGCGCCGCCACCUACGGUCUCGCCGAGCAGGCCGCUGACAUGAUCCGCAAGCAAUACAACAUUCCCGAGUCGACCGCGACCUCAUCGGGGUCCUCGUCGACAUCGUCUAGCGGCGGCAACAACGCGGCCGACAACAACAAUGGCGCGCUCCUUUCCAGCCCAUCCACCCUAUGGACUGUUCUGGCUUUAUCCGCCUCCGCUGUCCUUACCAUGCUCUGAACGUGAACAAUCGACUCGAGGACUGGACCUGGCUGCACUUGCAUGUAGCGCGCACCGCCUACACUAACCCACGUAUUUAAACGGACUGUCCCUACUUACACCAUCGUAAUGUUCACUUGCGAACGGACUAUUGACUGUUGUUUCUUUAUUGGCCCGAGGCCACCCACCCAGCGGUCGCUGUCACGACAUGUGUAUGUACCGAAUAUCUCCCACACGCUACUAGCUAGUUACUAGACGCUGUACAUACAUUUGCAUUCUACACCACUAAUGCGCUGGACUGACGACUGUACACGGCCUCACGUCCUCUCCAUGUCUACGUACGACGUCUACGGUCACAGACUAUCCCCGAUUCAUGGUGUUGCCGGCCCCGCGGGCAUGCGUAUCCGUAUACUGCGCCCAAUUUUCGUCCUUGA